AUGUCUCUCAACCGUCUCUCCCAGCUCUUCAAGUCUUCCCGCCCGUCCGUCGACACCCAAUCCCGUCGACAGUCGGUCGAGAGCGACUUCUCGGCAGCCUCGCCUGUGUCUUAUCUCUCUUUCCCUGGGCUCGUUCCCACCGCGCCCCAGAGCGGCUCGUCGCGCACAGACAGCUCGCUCUCCUCCGUCGACUCCGACUACGCGGAGAUGCUCGACGACGACAACAUGGCGUGGGGCAAGCCCGCGCGCGGCAAGAAGAGUCCCAAGAACGCGCGCCGAUAG